UUGGCGGCAUCACUACAUCCCCUUCACCACCACGAUCGAAGCACCACUCCAAAUUCUCAUAUUCCACCAUAAAUACUCCUUCCCCCUCAUACUUUCAAUAUACUUUUCUCUCUCUACAACUUCGAAUUUCCUCUCCCAAGCUCUGUUCUAUUCGCCGCAGAAAUCGAAAAUUCCUGCAAGAGAGGAUGGGAGCUAACUACCUCAAUGAUGCCACGAGCUACGGCGCCGCGCUUUCUUCCGGCGACGAGAGAAGCUUCUCGAAGCACGUCCACGAUAACGUUCACGGAAACAUCUAUCUCGAUCCUCUCUCUUUGAAGUUUAUCGACACAGAACAAUUUCAGAGACUUCGUGAUUUGAAGCAGCUAGGAGUGUCAUACAUGGUCUACCCUGGGGCUGUACAUUCUCGCUUUGAGCAUUCACUUGGGGUAUAUUGGCUGGCUAGUGAAGCUAUCAACAGAUUGAAGACCUAUCAAGGCUUGGAGCUUGACAUUGAUCGUUUUGACACACAAACUGUGAAGAUUGCUGGUCUACUACAUGAUCUGGGUCAUGGACCGUUCAGCCACAUGUUUGAGCGUGAAUUUAUUCCACGGGUUCGCCAUGGCCUGAAAUGGUCUCAUGAAGAAAUGUCUCUGAAGAUGAUAGACUAUAUUGUAGAUGAACAUAACAUUGACACUGAUUCUGAAAUGCUUAAGAAAGUGAAGGAAAUGAUAAUUGCCUCUGAGAAGGAUGCAGUAAAUAGCUCAAAAGAAAAGAAAUUCUUAUAUGAGAUUGUUGCUAAUGGACGCAAUGGAAUUGAUGUUGACAAAUUUGAUUACAUUGUCCGUGACUCCAGGGCUUGUGGUUUGGGCUGCAACUUUGAGUAUCAGAGAGUUUUAGAAACAAUGAGAGUGAUAAAUGAUGAGAUAUGCCAUCGUGCUAAGGAGUAUCUUACCAUCCACAAGUUAUUUGCCGCUCGAGCUGAUUUGCAUCGCACUGUCUAUAUGCAUGCAAAAGUGAAGGCAAUAGAACUCAUGCUAGUUGAUGCCAUGACAAAAGCAAAUGAUGUUCUUCAGAUUUCAUCCUACAUUGAUGAACCAGCUCAAUAUUGGAAGUUGGACGACACAAUAGUAAAAACAAUUGAGACUUCUACCUCCCAAGAUCUGAAGGAGUCCAGAGAUCUGAUCCUCCGCAUCCGGAGAAGGGAUCUAUACCAGUUCUGCAAUGAGUAUUCAGUUCCAAAGGAAGAUAUUGAACACUUCAAAAGUGUUACUCCUCAGGAUAUAGUUUGCUCACAGAUUUCUGCUUACCCGACUCUACAUGAGGAAGAUAUUGCAGUGAGCAAUGUCCGAAUUGAUCUUACUCAUGGAAAGAAUGAUCCAUUUGAAAGGAUCAGCUUUUUCAAGGAUUAUGACAGCAAUGAAAAACUCAGUAUUGAUAAUGGUGCAAUCAGUCAUUUGCUCCCUGCGUCUUAUGAAGACAUGAUUGUCAGAGUUUACACCAAGAAGCCUCACCUGGUGGAAGCUGCGUCUCAGGCCUUCGCAAACUUUCAGGAGAAGACAUAUGGGAAGAAAACUCAAGUACAUGAAACUCCCGAGAAGAAAAAGAAGAAGCAGUUGAAGUACAACCCAAUUCGUGUUUAGCUUGCACGCCACAUCGUCUCAACUGAACUUAGUUGGAAUAUACGGUCAUGCAGACAGAUAUCGAUCCCCCAAAAGAUCAAUAUGCACAACUAUUUCUGAAAAGAAAGCUUAUUUUCAUGUAUCCAUGAUCCAGAACCUAAACAAUGUAACCUAUGGUAAUGUUUUUGCAGUAUAGAAACUGACAUGUAAAUUCUCUAUUGUGAACUGAUGUAAUUACACGAGUUAGACCACUGCAAAAGCACAUUGCUUUAGCAUUAUGAAGAUUGCAUCUUGGUA